UAAUAAGCAAUCUCGCGGUUUGUGUGUGUAAGAAUUUAAGUUUUUUGGUGGAAAAAGUUUUUCGUUUCUUGAGAACAGGACUACUGUUAAAAGUGUAGUCGUUCCAAAAUGAGCUUCAGUGACACUACCUCGAAUGAUGCAUCAUCAGUUGCACAGUUUAAAUCAUUUGUCUCAGAAGCUGAGUUAGAGGAGAGGAGGCGUGUUCGACAAGAGGAAUGGGAGAAAGUGAGAAGACCUGAUCAACCAUUAGCCUCACCCCAUUUUUUCACAGAAAAUCUUAUUCGUGGUUUGGAUGAUGAUGAAGUAGCUUUUCUUGACUUGGUUGAUAAAACCAAAAUGGAGAUGGAAUCCAAGAUAUCAGAAGAAGAUAAAAGAGAAAUUGAAGAGUAUCGGGAAGCUGUAGCCACAUUGUCAGGAGAGUCUUCUAUUCCUAAACUUCUUGAGCCUCAACGUAAAAAAACUGCCACACUGUGCCAAGGCCAGUCUUCAAGCAAAAAAUCACAACUAUCUCUCUUAUCCACAGCAAUUAAAAGAAAAAGUUCUGAGCCUGGUCUGCAAGAAGAGAAGAAACAGAAAAUGAAUAAAAUCAACUCUGGUAAUCAAUCUGAAUUACCAGACCCUUCAACGAGUAACAACAAUAGCAACCAGGCAUCUCAAGACAGACUUGAAACUGACAAAAGUGGAAUAGACUCCAAUUUUGAAGGGGUGCGAAAUAAGGCAUCAGGUUUAAUGUGUAUUGGUGUCCUUCCGGGUGUUGGAGUGUAUUCUGAUAGCAGUGACUCUGAGGACUCUUCCAGUAGCGAUACUGAAGAUGGCUUAGACCUAUUGGCUCCUAACCUGUUAGGUCGAGCCAAGCUUAAAAUCUGCGGAAACACAGUUAAAGCUGUACCUUAACUUUGAACCUUUAGCAGAUAUCUUGUUCAAUUUCUGGAUUCUUUCUCUGCUUCUCCUGCAAACUGUAGACAAGCAUUUCAUUCCCUCAGUUGUUGUCUUUCCAGAGAGUAUGUAAUCAUAAUAAUGUUGAAAAGAACUUCGACACAGAUGCUUGGUAGAAUUGUGACAUUCCAUUAAUGUGUGAAUGUAAACUUGAUGUAAGUUAAGUCUACAUUUAUUUUCGGAAUUUAAAAUCAAGGUCUUGGGGAGCACCCACAUAGAAACAUUUUAUUUAUUUUACCAUGUAUUGUUGCUCCUUUUAAAUGAGCAUUCAGAACCACCUUAUUUAACUCUUCAAUAAGAUUAUUCAUAUUGUAAAAGUUUUAGUUGUGAAUGAAAUUUUUAGUUUUGGUUUUGGAAUGAACGUAAGUCACUAAGUCACGUAGGUGCUUCUCAUGUAAUCCAAACACAAUAUUUUUUGAAAUAUUUGAAAAGAAAAAAACAAAUCAAUAAUAAUUCACAAGUUUAAUCAAAACGUGAGAUAAUUGCUCUUAAUUAAGCAAUAUUUACCGCAGAACUGAUAACAGUAUUUUGAGAUGCAUCAAUUCCUGGAAAUACAACUCUGUUCUCAAAUACAGUUUGAAUUAGUUUGUCUGUUAUUUUUCUCAUUUCUAACGUUUUUAAGGUUACAUAACGUGUUAUGCAAGGUGAAACUUUACAAUAUGAACUUUGGAUCAUUUCUGUAAUGUACACGAUAAAGAUAAACUUAGAAACAGACAUGAUUAAAGCAGCAUAUUAUUCAAAAUGUUAAAUGAGUUUAUGACAUUUUAAAAUAAUUCAUUAGCAAAAAAGCGUUAUAUCGCCUACUGUCACGUUCUAUGUAGACCUUUUCUAACCUUAUAAACAUGAUUUACAGAUAUUUGUCAGCCUGAAUGAAUGGACAAAUAAGACAUAAUAAGUUAUUCAUGGAAACAACGAAGGAACUACUAAUCAUACCAUUACUAUAUCUGUUGUAUCCCAGCUGGCCUGAUGAGCCUUGUUAUUCAGUGAAAGGCUUCGUUAGCACUGGAUAUGACAAAUGUAUUGUGUUUGACAUAUUAUAACGUAUUCUCCUUUGCUUUUGCUCAUGGGUUCUUAUAAAUACUUUAAUUGUGAAGAACUCCUUUUAAAAUAAUCUUUGUAAAUAUGUAAUGGGUGUGUUGAAAGGAUGUUUAAACAAAAUCAUUAAUUUUUAAGUGACUGUAAUCCUGGUUUAAAAAAAUCAGUAAAAUCCAUUCAACUGUUUUUUUGUUUAUUCUUGAGUGUUAUUAUCAUGCUAGUUUGUUAUUGACUACAGUGAUUGAAUUAACAGUUGACACCAUAUGGUACAUUUGCGGAAGAUUGUGAAUGGCAAAACAAACAAGUUAACAUUUAACAUUUUUAGUUAAAUAUAUCUAUAUUCAGUUAAGUGUGUCACAAACUUGAAUUUUAACCUAUGGAUAAAUAAAUUGAUAGGCUAAUACUUUGAAAUGAUUUCUGAACCUAUGCAUAGAUAUUUGUAUGAAUGCUUAAUAAAAAAAAGCCUUUUCUCACUGAAAA